CCACCCUUCUCAAACCCCUCUCUCUCUCUCAAAACUCUCUCUCUCUCUAAAAUAACAACUCCAUCGCUCCGAUCGAAUACUAUGCAAUUCCAUCCAAAACCCUAAUCUCUCACCGAAACCCAUCUUCCUGUACCUUGUCUCAUUCCAAUCCCGGCUGUUCAUCAAUACCAAAACCCCUAAAGAUCUUGAACAUUUUUUUACUACAAAGAUACGAGGAUUCUUUGUUUUCUAGCGAUUAUUUUUGAAACAUACGUGAGAUUCUAGCUUGGUUUCUGCAGAGGAUAGUUUCUUUUUGUUUGUAUCUGUUAGUGUUUUGGAUCGGUAGAAUGAAUGAGGAUCUAGGAGCCAGUUGAUUAGAGUGUUUUCAAUGAUUUGGGUUGAUUAGGAGUUGAGGGAAUUUGAUUGGGGAUGUUGUAAUUGCUUGAGUUGAAGCUUUUGGGUUUUCUGGGUUUGGGAGAUAGUGUAGGAAUUAGUGUUAAAGAUUGAAGCUUUAUUUUGUGGAAGUUGGAAAUCGAAUUGGGUUGAUUGAGGGGCUUGUGGUUUGAGCUUGGAGCAGUGAGUUUCAGUGCACAAGGUUGAUUAGGUUGUAGUUUGUAGUUUGGGGUGUACUGCUUGGAGAAGUAGCAGGAUGAGCUUAGAGAACGAGGACCAAGAGUUGCCGGAUCAGCCUGUCGAAGCGAACCAUGAAGUUCAUAAGAAGUUGAAAAUAUCGUAUACGAGGGAGUUUCUGCUGUCGUUGAGUGGGUUGGAAUCCUGCAAGAAGUUACCAGAUGGGCUCGACCAGUCGUUCCUGAGUGAAUUCGAGGAUGCUUUCAAAGAUAGGCAAGGGACAUCUAUUGUUUUUUCAGCAAAUAGUUUCAGGCGAAAUGAUUAUGGCUCAUCUCCUCCUACUAAGGGUGAUGCUGCUGGUUAUUCGCGGCCACUUCAUGGAAGGUGGGAAAGUCGUUCUUCGGGACGCAGUGAUAAGGAUAGUGACACGCAAUCUGACAAAGACUCUGAUCCUGGAAGGCACUAUGGCAACCCGCCUCGGCGGCCCUGGCAGGUCCAUGAGCAUGACGGGCUUCUCGGAAGUGGUUCCUUUCCAAGGCCAGCAGGGUUAGCCGGAGGGAUAGCAGGAAACAAAGUUCGACCAAGUGACACCUAUCAGCUAAAUAGGACCAGUGAACCAUAUCAGCCUCCCCGCCCUUAUAAAGCAGCACCUCUCACACGAAAAGAGAUUACCGACUCACUUAAUGAUGAAACGUUUGGUUCCUCUGAGCAUACAAGUGAGGAUAGAGCAGAAGAGGAAAGGAAGAGAAGAGAUUUGUUUGAACAAAUGAGGAAAGAGCAACAUAAAGCAUUCCAAGAAAAGCAGAAGCUGAAGCCAGAGGCAAAUACAAGUGGCUUUGAUUUUUCUACUCUGUUGGAUGAUGAUUCUAAAGAGAAGAGACUUCUGCCAAGAAGCAAUGAAACAACUGAGCCUCGAGUACCACCAACGUCAAUGAAUGAUGGGGAAAAGUCUACGUUACCUUUGCAAGCUCCGUCUUCGAGACCUCUUGUGCCCCCUGGUUUCACUAGCACAAUUUUGGAAAGAAAUCUGGGAACAAAAUCCUUGAACCAUCCCCAUCAAGUGGAGGUUGGAAAUUCUGGACUUGAGGAUAACAUUCUACAUGGCAAAGGUAACCGUAUUGUAAAUGGUACUUCUGAUAAUCGAGUGGAAAAAAAACCGGUUGAGCAAAUGGUUUUAGGCAUGCAGCAUCUUGCAAGCAGAAGUACUCAUGCUUCAUUUGAUAGUAUGACCGGAAAGAGUCCAAAUUUCGUACCACCUCAAGGUGCUUAUAAUAAGAUAAUUGGCUCGGACAAUCAAAUGUAUAAUAAAGCGAAUACACCACAAGGACUAGAAGCUUCCAGAAAUAGUGAAGUGAUUGAGAUCGAUGCUGAAAAAGUGACUGGUUCUACUUCAAUACUAGAAAAACUUUUUAGCAGUGCAGUACCAUUAAAUGGUGUUGGCUCCUCUAAUAUCACUGAGCCUCAUAAUAGCAAAGUAGUCGAGGCAGUGGGCCCCCACAUUGCCAACUCUUCAAAGUUUGCUCAAUGGUUUCAUGAAGAAGACAAGAAACCUGCUGAUGAAAUCUUAUCUGGAAGGCCAAAUGACUUGCUUUCCUUGAUCGUUGGUAGUGAAAAGGCUGGACCUCAUAUUUCUGAUGGGAAGUUACAUGAUCACAGUUUUCUUAAUUUUCCUGCGCAAAACUCUGAACCUGCAGAGAGGCCGCUGACAUCAAAGAUAGUACCUCCUCCAGUUGCUGACACUCAGCGUUUGCACAAAAGUACUAAACCGGAGGCAGCAUCAGCAUUCCUUACAUGUGAAGACCUUGAGCAGUCCAUUUUGUCUGAAAUUGGUGAAAGUGGUCCAACCUUGCAUCCCCCUGUUCAAAAGUCAGUUGUACCUGAUAGAAAGGCUGUGCAGCCAAAAGCCAAAGUAGAUGAUCAUGCAUCCCUGCACCUACUCUCACUAUUACAGAAGGGAACAGGCUUAAAAGAUGUUGAGCCAUCUUCGAAUCAAGAAACAGCAUCGUCAGAACAAAUUCACAACUUCGAUGGGACGACUAUUGGCACUGCACGUCAUACUUCAAAAGAGAAAAAUGCUGAUAAUGUUUCUGAUCCAGGGAAGAGUCUGACACUUGAAACACUAUUUGGAACUGCUUUUAUGAAGGAGUUACAAUCAGUUGGAGCACCAGUUUCUAGUAAAAGAGGCCUUGUUGGGUCUGCAAGAGUAGAAGCUCCAGAGUCUCAUGGGUUGCCUUUCCCGGUUACAGAAAAUAGUUAUGUUCCUUCUGCAUUUGAUAUUGGACCGAACACAAGUACUCAUGAUAACAGUGACAUGGCAGCGAAUAGAAGGAAGCAAACCAGAUCAGAUAAGAUUGAUGAGCAGUUUGUCCGUUUUGAUAAUCCUCAAAUUGACCUAGAUUCAUUACAGGUUAGAACUGACUCGGUGUCUAAGAUAAGCAUCGAUGGGCCUGCUGAUAUUCGACUUCCUGAGGAGGAUAGCUUACUUGUAGUCAGUGAACCUCUCAAUGUCCAUAAUUUUAUGUCUACUGGGAAUCUAGUGAAAAGCAAAGAACUCUCCUCCCGGAACUCAGAAGUUGACAUUGUUGAAAAAUUGGCAGCUUUGAACUCUGCCUUCAAGGAUGAAAGGUCUAUCAUGGGGAACCAAGAAGGUCCACCUUUUCUUCGUGGGCCUUAUGAUAUGAGACAGCCUGAUAUUCCUUAUCAGAACCUUAAUGUCCAGCCUUCUUCACAAAAUAUCCAUCAUCAUCAGAUGAAUCAUAGGGGAACUUUAUUUCAUCCAUCAGAUUCUCAUCCUGGCAAUGCCAACUCUCAGAUGAAUUUUAUGACACCAGAGGGUAUGAUUCGAAACGAUCCUCCACAAAGUCAUCAGUUUCCUGGGAAUAUGCUCCGUCCACCUUUCCAUCAUGCGAACGCUGGACAAUCUGGGUUUGAUGCUCAUCAUCACCCUAUGUUGCAACAGAUGCAUACGGCAGGCAGUUUUCCUCUGCCUCACUUGCUACAAGGAUUAUCGAGUGGUCCAGCCAUGCCUCCUCAUCCUAACAGGGUCCCACCUUUGCCUGCUCAUCCUAACAGUCAGGUUUCUAGCUUUAUGGAAGAACUGAACCCAAUGGCAGGGUAUCCAUUUGGUCCUCGGCCAGUCAACUUAGGUGGUCAUGGCAUGCCAGCACCAGCUCCUGAUGUUGCUGGUGGAAGCAACCAUCCGGCGGCAUUGCAAAGGCUCCAUGAGAUGGAAUUGAGGUCAAACCCGAAACAAAUUCACCCAUUUGCUUCCGGUGGCGGGCAUAACAGUCAAGGGAUGUACGGACAUGAACUGGGCAUGGGUUUUGGGUAUAGGUAGUUACUUUGUGCUUUGUGUAUAUCAGUGUAUUGACAGUCCCUUGCUCAGAUAUGCAAUUAAACAAAUGGCAAUGCGUUUAAUGUUGCUUCUUUCAUAUUGGUUAUAUGGAGACUACUGUAAGUCAUGGAUUUUUUUGCCAUUGACCAUGUUAUUGGGUUCAUUUUGCUCUUA